GUUUUGUUUGACAUUUGCCUGCCUUUGUCAAAUAUACCACAUGGUUUGCAGAAAUUCUCGUUUUUCUUUGUGUUUUACGCAGUAAAUAAGUGUCAUUGUUGUGAGUUUGUGCAUAAAACAUCAAAAUGUCCGACGUACCUGACCUGAGUAGCGAUGAAGAGCAUUUUGAAGAGGAGGAAUGGCAAGAAAUGGAAACGAGCAACACAUCGGUCACAUGUUUGUUUUGUUCCAACAUUUUAGCGAGUAUUGAAGAGGCUAUCGGCCAUUGCGAAGCUGAACACGGGUUUAACCUGAACACUCUUAAGCUUAAACAUAAUAUGGAAUGUUAUUCUUACAUAAAACUCAUAAAUUACAUCAAGACACACAAACCAACUGCCGAGGAAAUCAUGAAGGCGGAUGCGUCUCUUUGGGCGGACGAACAGUAUCUGAAGCCUAUUGACAAUGACGAGUGGCUGAUGUAUGACUUCGACUCUUUAACCGAUAAACCUAGUUCCCCGAAAACUUACCAUGCAAAUGUGGAAAAUGGGCUGGUGACAUUAUCUCAAACACACUUCACCGAAUUGCAGAGAACUAUACAAACUCUGUCAGAGCAACUUAAAGAAAGCCAAUUACACCUUCAAAUGGCUCGAGAAGAUAUCUCUACAAUGCAGAAUUCAAUGAAAACUAUUGUGGAAGGAGGCAAAUCACAUAGCAAUGGAGAUAAUAACGGUACUACUAUAGUAAAUUGUGUGUCAAAUUUACCUUUAGAAGAUGAUGAAGGUUACUUUAAUACUUAUGCUCAUUUUGGUAUACAUUACGAUAUGCUGUCAGACAAGGUUCGUACAGAAAGUUACCGAGAUGCAAUACUAAACAAUACCGAAACCUUAAAAGACAAGGUUGUGCUUGACUUGGGGUGUGGCACAGGGAUAUUGUCAAUGUUUUCUGCAACGGCCGGUGCUAAGAAAGUCUAUGCUCUUGACCAGUCUGAGGUAAUAUACCAUGCAAUGGAUAUUAUAAGAGAAAACAACUUACAUAAUGUUAUUAAAACUGUAAAAGGGAGAUUAGAGAAUACAAAACUAGAUGAGAAAGUUGACAUCAUUGUGUCGGAAUGGAUGGGGUACUUUUUACUAUUUGAAGGCAUGCUAGAUAGUGUAAUUUAUGCCAGGGACAAUUAUCUCAAACCUGGAGGGCUGUUAUUACCGAACAAAUGCAACAUCAGCCUUGUAGCCAAUGGAGAUGUUGAUACACAUAAAAAGUUAAUUGAAUUCUGGUCAGACGUUUACGGGUACAAAAUGAACUGUAUGAAAUCCGAAGUUGUUAGAGAAGCCAGUAUAGAUAUUGUUGGCUCGAAACAUAUAUUAUCACAAUCAUGUGUUGUUAAAGAAAUUGAUAUUAACACUUGUACUACAGAUGUUAUGGACUUUACGUCAGAAUUUAAAUUGCCAAUUACAAGAGAUGGCACCCUUACGUCUCUAGUUGGUUAUUUCGAUACAUUCUUUGAUCUUCCAAACAAGGUAUCGUUUUCUACGGGUCCUCAUACAACUUCUACUCAUUGGAAACAAACUGUGUUUUACUUCAGAGAUUGUAAGGAAGUCAAGGCAGGAGAUGUUAUUGAAGGUACUAUAAUCUGUAGCCGGCAAAAAACUGAUGUUAGAGCAUUGACAGUUCAAAUUGCUAUAUUUGGUAAAACCCACAAGUAUAUUUUAAGUUAGGUUCAUAUGUUGUAUAUGAUGUUUAUAUUUAGUUUUAAGAGUUUCUUUAAAUGUAAGUCUAAAAAGUUGUUUACUGCAUAGCAAAUUGUUUUGCCAAGAAUAUUGCAACUUCUUUUAUAAUGUCUACAUUGAGUUGAUAAAUCAUAAUACACCCACGUGAAUUUGUACUUUCAAUCACUAUCAGGGUAGGUAUGUAUUGUAUUGUAUUGUCAUCAUGAAGUACAUAAGGCAAUAUUUUUUAUUGUGGAUGCAAGUUUGAUUCUGAAUGCAGUUAAGUAUUUUUUUCUUACCAUCAUUAUGUAUAUAGUACCAUGUCUCAUUAUCUUUUCUGAUAAAUUGAACUGUAAGUCUCAUUAAAAAUGUCAAAUAUGUUAGUGUAACAGGGUUCUAAAUUGGAUACAUGAUAUUACUCAUGACUUUUAAAUGUUGGGAAAAACAAAUUAAUAAAGUAAUUGUUUUUUACCUUAUAUAAUAUUUAAUCAUGUAUUGACCUGUAAAAAUAGUUUUCUCUGUACUUCAGAUGUUAAUUGUUAACAAAUUGUAUAAACCAGGUGCUUUAUUGUGUAACUUCAGCAUUUAUUUUACAAUCCCAAUCUCUAUAAUUGGAUUCUUGACAGUUGUAACAAUAUAAUAUGAAAUAUGUCUGAUAUGGUAGUUUAUCAUUUAACGAUAAUUAUCCAAUAGAUUCUUUUUUAUUAAGACCUUUUUUAUUUUUCCAAAAUAAAAAUGCGUUUUUUAAUGUGUAUUACAGACACGGGCGGCCAUGAUUGAGCCUCGUGUGACUUCACAUUUCACAAAAUAAACAAAAACUAUGUGUCAAGUUUCAAGUUAUACAGUUUCUUUGUUUGUGGAAAUGUGACGUCACUGGGCGAAAUGUCACGUGACCAACCGUUAUAUUUUAAGAGGUAUAAAUAAGCGUCUGUAAUUAUUAUAGUAUUUUAUGCAACAGUUGUAUAAGAAGGGUCAAAAAAUGCGAGUGGCGUGAGUUGCGAUGUGAGCCUUGGCGAACAUCGCAAUAAGAGACGCCACGAGCAUUUUUUGACCUAGUUAUACAACGUUGCAUACAAUACUUUUUCUACGACGACGUAAUUUUAAACGAAACAAAAAAUUUCCAAUUUAUUUUCCAACGCGCGGGAAAAUGGCGGCAAAUGUAUACUUUUUUUUUAUAGUAUAUCUAUGGCACCAAACAAAGUAAAGGUGCCAGUUUCCAGGUCAAAAAAAAAAAAAAACAACAACAAUGCUUUUUUGGCGACAUUAUAGUACAGUUACACUUUGUAAACAAUGCUUUUAUAGGCCAUAGAGCGUAAACUUUUUCAAAGAGUUUAAUUAUGUAUGUACUUAUAUUAGACUUUUUGGUUAUUUAAAUGCCAGAUUAAAGUAGAGGAGUAGAAAAAAAUAUUUAUCCGAAAACUGUCAAGUAGUCAAUUGUGAUUCACUGCUAAUAACAUCUCAACAACAAUAGAUGUUGAAGUUCGGCAACAACUCCUUAGGAUUAGGCACGUUAAAUUGCACUUUCUUACAAAUUGUCAAAGUACCAGCAUUUUUAUAAAAGAAAAUAAAAGCCAUUUUCUACGAAAA